AAUUUGCUCCUUAAUAAACGCCCCACAGACAAGAGUCCCAAUCUUUUCUUUUCGCAGCCUUCUCUCUCUCAACGAAAAGAAGAACAGCCAAAGAAGAAAAACGAGAGAGAGCUCGUAUAGAAAGAGAUCUGUUCUUCUUCCUUCCUAUUUAUAUACCAGAUUCAAAGGUUUAGCUUAAAUCCUUAGAGCCCUUGUGACGGGAACUUGUUCAGAUUUUAUAGAGCAGCAAUGUACUGUUAUAGAUACGUAAAUUCGUGGGUCUUGGAUUAUUCAAAGUGUUUAACUUAAAUCCGCAUCUCUGUAUUGGAGUCUGAUCAGAAGCAGUUGUAUCUUUCAUAGAAUUAUCUAAGAUUUGUCUGGUUGAUUUCUAAGAAUUAAUUCCAUAAUCAAUGGCUACUUCAACACCACCUCCUCCUCCUGGUUACACUGUUACUGUAUCUUCCCCAAACGUGCCAACGCCUCGUCCCGAUAGAAGACCACCUCCUCCUCCCUUUACUCCUGUUGCUGCCGGACUUUCCCCGCAAAGUCCCCAACAAGAUCCACUUCUAUCGACAGCUAAUGGAAUCAAAACUGGAAGUCCAGCUCGUCAGUUCAGCACUCCUCCUGCUCCGCCAGUCUUCUCAUCACCACUUCGUCCAGCGGCCGUGCCUUUUCGGACAUCUCCCGUGUCUCCUCAGCCUGUUGCUUUUUCCUCAGGUUCAUCUUUGCCGACAUCUUCCCCUCCACUCUAUUCGAAUGGGUUGGUCGAGUUGCAGUCGCACACUCCCGCAGCUUCAGACGAGUCAACGCUUGAUGGGGCAUCACCAUACGUGCUGUUCUCUGCUCACAAGGUCUUGAAACAGAAAAAGCUAGCGAAUAUCUCAAGUUUAGGAUUUGGCGCUUUGGUUUCUCCUGGUAGGGAGAUAGCUCCAGUUCCUCAAAUAGUACAACGUAAUCCACAUCGCUGCCAAAAUUGUGGAGCUUAUGCAAAUCUAUAUUGCAACAUCAUUCUUAGCUCGGGGAAGUGGCAUUGUGUGAUUUGCAAAAAACUAAAUGAAAGUGAUGGGGAAUACAUUGCCGCCAGCAGGGAAGACCUUCAAUCCUGGCCAGAACUCUCCUCCCCAAUGGUUGAUUAUGUUCAAACUGGGAACAAACCUCUUGGGUUUAUUCCGGUAUCUGAUUCAAGAAUGUCUGCACCCAUUUUCCUUGUCAUAGAUGAGUGCUUAGAUGAAGCCCACCUUCAGCAUCUACAGAGCUCCUUACAUGCUUUCGUUGAUUCCCUUCCCCCAACUACAAGAAUUGGAAUUAUAUCAUAUGGUCGAACUGUGUCGGUCUAUGAUUUCUCGGAGGGAUUGAUGGCAUCAGCAGAUGUGCUUCCUGGUAACAAAUCACCAACUCAGGACUCACUGAAAGCGUUGAUCUACGGGACUGGCAUUUAUUUGGCACCCAUACACGCAUCACUUUCCACUGCCCACACCAUAUUCUCGUCUAUGAGAGCCUACGGACUGAAUUUGCCUGAAGUGUCAAGGGACCGAUGCAUCGGUACAGCAGUUGAGGUUGCUCUAGCCAUAAUUCAAGGGCCCUCGGCGGAAAUUUCUCAUGGGAUGGUUAAAAGGUCAGGUGGUAAUUGCAGAAUAUUGGUAUGUGCUGGUGGUCCAAAUACAUAUGGUCCUGGAUCAGUCCCCCACUCAUUUAGUCAUCCGAACUAUCCAUACAUGGAAAAAAUCGCAGUGAAGUGGAUGGAACAUCUAGGCCAUGAGGCACAUCGACAUGACACAGUGGUUGAUAUUCUAUGUGCCGGAACAUGUCCUGUAAGGGUUCCAGUGCUGCAGCCGCUUGCAAAAACUUCCGGUGGUGUGAUGGUUCUUCAUGAUGAUUUUGGAGAGGCUUUUGGUGUAAACCUGCAAAGAGCGUCUGCAAGGGCAGCGGGUUCUCAUGGGCUCUUUGAAAUACGUUGUUCUGAUGAUAUUCUUAUAACUCAUGUAAUAGGGCCGGGUGAAGAGUCGCCUUCAGAUUCUCAUGAAACUUUCAAAAAUGACACUUGUACCUCUAUUCAGAUGCUGAGUGUUGAAGAAACUCAGAGCUUUACACUGUUCAUGGAAACCAAGGCUGACAUUAAGAAUGAUCAUGUUUUCUUCCAGUUUGCUGUUCGCUAUUCAAAUGUCUACCAGGCUGACAUUUCUAGAGUGAUCACUGUCAGGUUGCUGGCAGUGGAAAGUGUAUCGUCCUAUCUUGAGAGCAUUCAAGAUGAGGUGGCUGCAGUCCUCAUUGCCAAGAGGACUGUCUUGCAAGCCAAAACCUCCUCUGAUGCAGUGGAUAUGCGGCUAACUAUAGAUGAAAGAGUUAAGGAUAUAGCUUUAAAAUUUGGGUCCCAACUACCGAAGUCAAAGCUUUAUCAGUUCCCCAAGGAGCUCCGAUCACUGCCAGAAAACUUGUUCCAUCUUAGAAGGGGACCGCUUUUGGGAAGUAUUGUUGGUCAUGAAGAUGAAAGAUCUGUCUUGAGGAACUUAUUCUUAAAUGCAUCAUUUGAUCUGUCACUUCGAAUGGUGGCACCUCGCUGCCUAAUGCAUCGUGAGGGGGGCACAUUUGAGGAACUGCCAGCAUAUGACCUUGCCAUGCAAUCUGAUAUGGCAGUUGUACUUGACCAUGGAACGGAUGUCUUCAUUUGGUUGGGUGCUGAACUAGCUGCUCAGGAAGGAAGAAGUGCAGCCACUUUAGCUGCUUGCAGAACAUUGGCAGAGGAGCUCACUGAACAGCGGUUUCCUGCUCCCCGUAUCCUGGCGUUCAAAGAGGGAAGCUCUCAAGCUCGAUACUUUGUUUCUCGGCUCAUACCUGCACACAAAGACCCCCCUUAUGAGCAGGAAGCAAGAUUCCCUCAGCUGCGGUCAUUGACGACAGAACAGAGGGCCCGGCUAAAGAGCAGUUUCCUCUUCUUCGAUGACUUUAGCUUCUGUGAAUGGAUGCGUAGCUUAAAACUUGUGCCUCCCCAACCAGCUUAAGGAAUGCUGGACGAGACGAGCAGAUGACAGGAUGUAGACCUUUUUCUUUCUUCUUUUAUUUAUUUUAUUUUCUUCUUCUUUUGAGUUUCUAGAAUGCAAUUUUAAUAUUUACAAAUCCUAUAUAUACAUUCAAUAGAUUGUGUUUCUUGAUUUUGAAGCUCUGAAUAAAUCAAAUGAGAAAAUCUUUGUUCCA